AUGGGCGGAUACGCCAAGGUCUGGCUGUGCCGUGACCUUGCCGCCCCGACGCCGAAAUAUGUUGCAUUGAAGAUUCUUAUGGCCGAGGCUUCUACGGAAGACUGUCGUGAGCUCAUGUGCGCAGAACAGCUCAAGAGUACUAUGGUUGCCGAAGAGACACGACCCAUUUGUGCACCUCUGCGGCAAUUUGGAACGGAUAGGCCGAACGGUUCACACUUAUGUUUUGUGUACCCUGUCUUGGGACCUAAGGUGUUCUCUGGCUUGUUGGGCUUCUCCAAGGAUCUCGACACAGCCUUGAGGGGAGUUUGCCACGAAAUUGCAAAGGCUAUGGCGUUGUUACACGCGCUGGGCAUAUGCCAUGGAGGUCUGGAAGACUUGCCCGAGGAGAAGGUACUCGAAGUUCUUGGGAAACCGCAAACCACCGCCGCAGUGGAAAACACUCGUCAACCGCACCAACUUUCGACGGCACCUCCGUAUCUCGUCUAUCCCGUUUCAUGGCGCUCAGUCGACAAGCACUAUUUCAGCAACACACCCUGUGUCACGGAUUUCGGCGAGGCCUUCAAAUGCACCGACCGCUGGGCGCUGGGCUGCACGCUAUUUGAAAUCCGAGCUUUCUCCCCAUUCGAUGACGAUGAUGACUCAUACCUUGACGCGAUGGUUGAGACUUUAGGCAUCAUGCCGGAGCCGUGGUGGUCGACCAUAUGGGAGGGCCGGGCGCAGGUGUACGUGGACGAGCCGGAUGAGCUGGGGCGUGCGGUGCUUGUGCGAGAAGAGGAGCAGCGUGGUAAGGGGGCAAACGCAACCUAUCAUCCGUCUGCGGCUCAAGGUGCGCAUUCACUCCAGGAGAAGCUGACGGCUGGCGUGUGGUAUAUGUCUGAUGAUGCGCCCGAGGCUGCGCACAGAGACAUUCCGCCGGUCGAGGCGAAGCUCUUCGCGGAUCUACUGGGUCAGCUACUGAGAUGGAAGGCUGAGGAGCGAGUGAGUGCUGAAAAGCCACUGAGCCAUAAAUGGUUUCAAUUGUAG